UCCGCUUCCGGGUGUGAGGGGGCAGCGAGGGGGGGUUGGGUUGCCUUCUUUUCUUUCUGGACAGCCGGCCCGUCGCCGUUGCAGCUGCUGCUUCCGCCAUGUCGUGUAUCGGCUCCACAGACGCUUCGUCACGGCAUUGAAGACGACAGAGGAACAACCUAAGAUUCUACUCAGUGGAGCAUUUGAAAAGAGUCGCAUCCAUGGAAGAAGUACAGGACUUAGCAGAACAGCCCAUGAAAAAAGCCAAGAUGCAGGAAUCGGGUGAACAGAUAUUAAGGCAAGUGAACAACGCAGACGGUAGUGAUCAGAAACCCGAGCCCUCGAGCCUUGGUGCAAACCUGUCCAUGUCCAGCGAAAUUAUGCCAUGUCCUGAUUACAUCUCAAGGUCACCGAAUGAAUAUACCUCACAGAUGUAUUCUGCAAAGCCAUAUGCACAUAUCCUGUCUGUACCCGUAUCGGAAACGAUGGCCUCUUAUUCUGGCCAGACUCAGUACCAAGCACUGCAGCAGUCAUCUCAGACUUACGCUGUGUAUCCUCAGACCACCCAAGCCUAUGGACUACCUCCUUUCGGUGCACUGUGGCCAGGUAUGAAACCUGAGAGUGGUUUAAUUCAGACUCCAUCUCCAAGUCAGCACAGUGUUCUUACCUGCACUGCAGGCUUAACUACAAGCCAGUCCAGCCCAGCUCAUUAUUCUUACCCUAUUCAAGCUUCAAGUACCAACGCCAACUCAGUUUCCACCUCCUCAGCAGCUGUCAACAUUUCAUCAUCUGCGGUAGCCAGCAUCUCCCAACAGGAUUAUCCUACAUAUACCAUUCUCGGCCAAAGUCAAUACCAGCCAUAUUUCUCGAGUUCUAGCUUUGGAGUGAUAGCACCAGCAGACAGCAGCACGGAGAGUUCCACCUUAGCAACGACCACGUAUCCUUCUGAGAAAAACAACGCCAUGGUGCCUACGCAGACGGCGCAGAGACAUUCCUCCGGAGAUCCAUCAACGAGUCCCUCAUUGCUAAGAGCAACCGCUAGUAAAGAUCUGGACGAGCAGUCUAGGAAAAAUGUAACGGGGAAAAACAGAGGCAAGAGGAAAGCAGACUCUUCUUCGCCACAGGACAACGAACUGGAAAGAGUGUUCCUAUGGGACUUGGAUGAAACCAUCAUAAUAUUUCAUUCGCUUCUUACUGGAUCAUAUGCCCAGAAAUAUGGGAAGGAUCCAACUCUAGUGAUUGGUUCUGGUUUGACUAUGGAGGAAAUGAUUUUUGAAGUGGCUGAUACACACUUGUUUUUUAACGACUUGGAGGAAUGCGACCAAGUCCACGUGGAAGAUGUUGCAUCCGAUGACAAUGGGCAAGAUUUAAGUAACUAUAAUUUUGCCACGGACGGCUUCAGCGGCUCAGGAAGCAACGGCAACCAUGGCUCAGUGGGUGUCCAGGGUGGAGUGGAUUGGAUGAGGAAGUUGGCUUUCCGCUACCGGAAAGUGCGCGAGGUCUAUGACAAAUACAAAAACAACGUGGGAGCUCUCCUCAGCCCCGAGAAGAAGGAAUCAUUGCAGAGAUUACGGGAAGACAUAGAAGUGUUAACAGACUCAUGGCUGGGAACAGCUCUGAAGUCCCUGCUUCUCAUUCAGUCCAGGAAGAACUGUGUGAAUGUUCUGAUCACCACCACCCAGCUAGUACCAGCUCUGGCCAAGGUCCUGCUGUAUGGGUUAGGCGAAGUGUUUCCGAUUGAAAAUAUUUAUAGCGCAACAAAAAUAGGUAAAGAGAGCUGUUUCGAAAGGAUCGUGUCCCGAUUUGGCAAGAAGGUGACGUAUGUGGUGAUCGGGGACGGGCGUGAUGAAGAGAUGGCAGCCAAGCAGCACAAUAUGCCCUUCUGGAGGAUCACGAACCACGCCGACCUGGUAUCCCUUCACCAGGCCCUCGAACUGGACUUUCUGUGAGGAGCUGAGCAAUGGCAAAUCCGGCCUGCAGCUCCCUGAAUAGCCUUACCGAGAGCCUGCCAGGGGACUGACGCUUUUUUUCCCAUCGAGAAGAAAUCUAGAUAGCGGAAGUGUACAGUAGGAGGCACCACCCUGUCGCUUUCCCCACGACAGCUGCCAGCAGUGGGGCAGGAGUUCCACCUGGCAAGCCGCCGCCGACACCUUGGCGCAUAGUUUCUGGAGCUUUAAUCGUCCUCUGCUUUGGGUGAAGGGAAUUUCUGGGACUGAGCAGAGCAUCCUGGGCGGGGAGCCUCCGGCGGCAAAGACCUGAUUCACUGUGCAGCCUUUUUGUGGUAUUAUGAUAAAAGAAAAGAAAACUUUUGUAGAGUAACUUUUGUCACCUCUCGGCUCCUCUCUAGCUUUUCCGAAACAAAAAGGAAGUUGAAUAGAUGUCUAUUUUUGUAUAGGGGGAAAAAACUUCCCCUUCUUGCAGAAGCUCCAAAACAGUAGUCUGUAGAAGUUCACCAAAAAGUCACACGGCGACUUCUUUUUUCUGGGGGGCGAGGUGGGAGAUGAGUGGGGAGGGGUAGUCUGCCGGGGACAGCUAACAGGAUGACUGGUUCCUUUCACGAUCGACGCCACGAUGGGACGGCCGUGAGGACACAUCCAGAUCUUUCUGAGCAUCUUUCUCCAGUGAACACCGUCUCAGAGUGCUGUUAUGGGACAGAAUGUGACUGAUGGGAAUUUCCUAAGCAGCGGAAGAGGAAAUGGCUGGUACAUAACUGUGUUUUGGAUAUCUUGAAUUCAUCCCUCUCUUCAUCACCCACGCUGUAUGCAUAGAGCAGAAGGAAAGCCCCAUUUUUUCUUUUCUUUUUUGCCAUGGUGGCUGAGGUACAGGAAUCCAGACAGGAAAGUACCCACUUUUCCCUUAUGCAACUAUCUUGUUUCCUUGCCUAGGCAAGAUUCCAACUAUGGAGUCAUCGUUCAUGUCAAGCCACCAUGCCAGAUAAAUUCAGCCCCUGAGAAAGAUGCCCUAAUGCUGAUUCCUUUGCAUGCUUGGUGGCUUCCUUCUGAUGGCCCCCACUCCGCAAACUCUUAAGCCAUAAAGCAGAUGUGGCAAGGAGUCCUAUCGAGAACUCCUUUGCUUUGGGGAAUAAACUUUGCUGUUUCUGAUCAGGCAGACACUGUGGUGAUUCUUUUUUUGCUUUUCUUUCUGGAUCAUAGCGGGGUGGACACCACUCCCCCACCUUACCACUCCUCUGAGCAAAGUUUGAGGCUUUCUUCAAUCUUAAAUGGCUCUUCCAAUCAGAGGAAGAGCCAUUUAAAUUGGAGGAAGUUCCUUGGAGGAUGGGUGGAUCUACCCAAGCAUAACAAGAGAGGAUCAAUUCUGGGUUGGGAUGUGUGAAUCUCGGAAGAGGUUUCUCUGUUUUCUUACCACAAGAUUGCCUUGCUUUCAUAUAUUUUAGGCAGCUCUUCAAAGUUGGUUCGAAGGCAAUACAGCAGGUCCUGAAUGGAAUGAAAGUGCACCCCCACCCCCCAGCAAAGAAAGCUUCUAUUAUAUGACGAGACUUGGUUCUGUAAUUCCCCUCCUUUUGUGCAUUUUUCUAUUCUGUGAAUGCAGGGUUUCUAGCUUGACUGGGCGCUCCUGAGAUUCAUGAGUGGUAUGGGCUGUGGGAUCGACUCUGUGCCUUAACCUUCCACCCAGACUUCUAAAAGCGUCAACAGCUGCAUAAAAUUGCAUUCAACCCUUGACCUUCCAAGAUACUUAUUUCACCCUUCAGUUGACAUAGUGGGCCGAGGUGCCACAUGGCCAGGGCAAGCAGCAGGCAUUCCCUGUUUGACUUGAGAGAACCUUUCAGAAGCUGUCUGUGCUGCAGCAAACUUUUUUGACUGUGCUUGAAGGUUGUUUUUGCCUCAUUUACCAGUAUUUAUACAGCGUCUCCUCCUUACCCCUGAUUUUCCUCAGAUGAAAGUUACCUGUCCAUGUUAAUAAAAACUGUCCUGGUUCCGAUGUUACUCAACUCACUGGCUGCAUUUCUUUCGGGUCUUCAUAAAGAAUUUGGAAACUUUUUUGUGGUUAUGUUUGCUUGUUUUCAUUUCUUUCCCAUUAGUUUCUCUGUGCAGCAUUCAAGUGUGAACUGGUCCCACUGUGGUGCAUUUUCCUAUAACAUGCAGCAGUCCAACUUGGUUUGUUUUCAUUAAAGCCUGAAUAAUAACUCACUCCUGCCCCCCAUCCCGCCAAGGAACGAGCAGCGGCUGCCACAGAGAUCCAAGAAUGCGCUGGUGUCUACCAGAAAUGCUAGUUCUCCCUCAGGGUCCCUCACACAUCCGGUUUCAGGCAGAACUGGCACCAGCUGUCUUGCAGUUUUGACAGGAGGGCAUUAAUGGCUGAAGACGCUUUGAGCAUCAUGUUCUAUGUAAUGAGAAGUGUCCUGUGAACUGGAAAAUAAAAUCUAUUUUCUAUAUAUUAAAAA